AAAGUUGCACACCUGUUGCGUAAUUGAAUUGGGAUCGGGAUAAAGCUCUUAAGUCAACACUACAAGGCUUAACACCAAAACAAACCCUAAAGAAAUGGUGGAAAUAGUGACCUCUGCAUUUCUCCCAUGUCAAAGUAACAGUUAAAGCGAACAUCUCCACCAUGGCCUACCAGGCCGGGAACCCAGCCGAGGCCAGUGCUCUGGCUCAGAACAUCAGCUCCAACAUCCAAAGGCUGACCCUGCUCACCUCGGAGCUGCAGAGGGCAGUGUCCCAGCUGGGGACGGAGCAGGACAGCAGCCAGCUACGGCAGACACUGCAACAAAAAAGGCAGACGGGCAACCAGCUAGCCAAGGAGACAGACCAACUCAUCAAGGCAUUCAGCUCGCUGCCUGUUGGCGCUGACCAGCGACAGAGAAAACUACAGAAAGAACGUCUGGUGAAUGACUUCUCCACUGCCCUGAACAGCUUCCAGAAGACCCAGCGCCAGGCAGCCGACAGAGAAAGAGAGUUUGUGGCCAGAGUCAGAGCCAGCUCCAGGGUGUCGGGGGGGCAGCCAGAGGACAGCUAUGGAAAUGCACCCUUUCUACAAAGUGAUCCCCAGCUGCAGGCUCAGGCUGAGGCCAUUACAGAAGAAGACCUGAUGCUGAUCCAGGAGAGAGAGUCAGCCAUCAGGCAGUUGGAGUCAGAUAUCACAGAUAUCAAUGACAUCUUCAAGGACCUGGGGAUGAUGGUCCAUGAGCAGGGAGACAUGAUAGACAGUAUAGAAGCCAAUGUGGAGAGCGCUGAGGUGAACGUGCAGAAUGCCACGCAGCAGCUGUCCCGUGCUGCAGACUACCAGCGGAGCACUCGUAAGAAGAUAUGCAUCCUGAUGAUAGUGUUGGCUGUAGCUGCUGUUGUUAUAGGACUCAUCAUCUGGGGUGCUGUCAAAGGAUGAACGCACUAUCCCGCGAAAUGACAGAAGGACGAAACGCUACCCCUCCUUCUACUCUGCCUCCUCCUCUGCUCGUUCAUCUCGGUCACUAAGAGAGAGCACGGUUUUAUCUGUCUUUCUUUGUCUUUCUACUUGAUUGUGUUGACGUUUUCUGCUUGGAGAAGGAGGGUCAGAAACAGACUAAUGUGACAAGAGGUGAACCCGGACCAACGCGUGAAAUCGUUAUUAUAUGCUUAUUUUUUUUUUUAACUUACCGUACACAUACACUCCUUCAUGCAGUGUGAAUCAAAUCGGACUCUGGAAGCUUUUAAUUCGUUUCUGUUAAUCAGUGAUUUUACUGGGCUUUAAGUCUGAUUCAGACAUCAGGUGACGCAAGGGAAGUUUUCAAAGGCUUUACUCUUCAGAGGCAGGGAUAAACAGGGUUUGGGCCUGGUGGUGUUCACUGGGAGCCAUGUUAGCUCCACCAGCCGUCGCCAUGGCUGUUGCUAAGUAACUACUGGUUUUGCUGUGUUUAAAAUUGUUGGGAAUUUCUCCAUGGUGAUACGAAGGGAAUGGUUCUGUCAUUUAGUACUUCUAAUUGUAAUGAAGCAGUGACUCAGUGACCUACCAGACAAGGGUGGAUUAAGUUUCAAAUCAAUCACUUCACAAUGCAAUAUUCUUAUAGCUGUAUUAGUAAAUUAUCACUUGUCCAGUUGGAUGAUAGAUAAUCAUUUGUUCAUUUGUUAAUUAAAUCCACUUCUGGAAUUGAUGUAGCUGAGAAUAAAUAGAAUCCAGCUGUGGUUCCUAGUGCAAUGUGGCCAAAUACUUUUUGGUUAUUCUAAUUCAGCACGCUGAAUGAGGAUGAAACCAGCUUUAUUAGCUACCGUAUCAUAAUAUUAAUGAGUUAAAAUUGCUAAGUAGUACAUUUCUGUUAAAAUACUUUAUAUUUUCUUGUAUUUUUUUUGAUAAACCAAUGCAAGCUCUUUAAUUCCAUUCCAAGUGUGUGUGGUUGAGGACAUUACACUGACAUUCCUGUGUUUUGUACCCACCAAUAGUUCUGUGUAAUCAUGAUUAGAGCAGGGUUCAUUGCCUUUGACUGUACAAAUUCUUUCUCUGCUGUAUGUAGUUACACGGCAGGUCACAGACAAAUCCUGUAAGUAGCACAUAUAGAUAUUUUAUGGUUUGUUUCAGCCUCCUCAGGUUUGACAUGAGGAGGCCCAAUGGGUGGCAGAAAAUAGAGUUGAUAGGAAAAGUGUUCAAAGGCAGUUUGCAACACUUUCCUGUGACCUUUGCUGUCUAAUGUGCUUAAUUACUUGGAUUAACUGAAUCUGCAUUUAUUGUUCCAAAACUCAGCCCUCAUUGGGAAGGCUGUAUUCUGCUGGACUUAAACAUUUGUGCACAACUUCUCCAUGUAAAAAUACAUUUAUUUCUUAUUAAAUAAUCCUAAAAUGCU